AAGCUAAUCGAGAUAAUUGAGCAGGCGUGGAGCGUAAGACACUAUAUGCCAAGUUGACGACUUCAUUCAUUCCUCGCAUAUACUGUCCAUUGCGAUUCUUGAGUUGUCGAGGCUUUCGUUGAGAGAAAAUUCCGCCAGGCCAUUGUUACACUUCAUGUCCAACACCGCAACUACAAGCAAAGACAAACAGUCAGAAGCCAAUUGAUCCCAGCUUCCAAACACUCCAAAACCGACGAUCCGAACGGAAAACUCAUAUACUCAUCAACAUGAGCUACUUCCGCGUCACCCUCCUCCGCUCCGCCAUCGGUCUCCCACGACGAACAACAGACGUCCUCAAGGCCCUCGGACUCAAAAAGCGCAUGGCGACAGUCUUCCACCCAGUAUCGCCAUCGGUAGCUGGUCAGAUCAUGAAGGUCAAGGAACUUGUGGAGGUUCAAGAAGUCGACAGGCGGCUCACAAAGGAAGAAGUUCGUGCUGAACGGAGGCCGGACCCGGGGUACUAUGUCGAGAAGGCAUCAAAUGAAGAGUUUAGCGAGAAUCGGUCGGCAUAGAAUGCGGGUCUUACUACCAACUUGUUGCUCUUGUUUCUCGGCCAUGUGAGCCAGCUGGGAUGUUCCCGGUAGUUUCAUGCGAGGAUAUCGGUUUCCUAAGCAUAUGUGGACGCCUUUGAGACGGUGGUUGUCAACAUCUUCGAUGCAAUCAUUCUGCGUGGAAGCUCCAGUGCCUAGUGUACUGAUGCUUGAACGCCCUCCUGCAGGAACGUUUAUAUCUCAUCUACACUUCCUCUCAAACCUAGCCAUGUUCUUCACAUGGCCAACCCGGCCCUCUAUCGUCCUUUUCAACGAUUCAUGUAUUAUACAUAUCUUGUGCCAGCAUUAUUAUACCAGGAUGUCAAGAUUGGUCCUUUUUUCCUCCAUUCUCUUAUUGUCUUGGUGUUAUGUUACUGAUUUCCGAAGGUCUGAUGAGAAGAACAAUUUGUACAAUUAUAUAAUGUAUGAACAGUAAUCUGCU